AUGGGGAAUGCUAUAAAGGAAAGUUUGGUAAAGGCUCCAACAGGGGGGGGACUAGUUGUCUCAUCUUUGGGGGUUCAAGGGGAGAGGCAGGAGCAGCAGCAGCAGCAGCAGCAGCAGCAGCAGCAGCAGCAGCAGCAGCAGCAGCAGCAGCAGCAGCAGCAGCAGCAGCAGCAGCAGCAGCAGCAGCAGCAGCAGCAGCAGCAGCAGCAGCAGCAGCAGCGGCGGCGGCAAGAGCAGGAAGCGGUGGGAAAAGAGAAAGGAGGCGGAGGGAUGGAGAACGGGGAGCAGGGACGAACAGAGAGGAGGGAGGGAUGGAAGGAUGUGCAAUUGGUGCAGCAGCUGAAAGAGCAAACGCAGCAGCAACAGCAGCAGCAGCAGCGGCAGCAGCAGCAAGAAUCAAACGUCUCUCAGUUGAAGGAGCAGCAGCAGGCAGGGGCAGGGAAGUCCCAGCCGAUUCACACCUGGCCUGAGGAACUACCAUUCCCCCUCCCCCAGUUCUCCCUUCCCCAGUUCCACCUCCCUCAACUGCCCCUUCCCCAGCUCCUUUCCCGCCCCCCUCCUCCAGGCCUCUCCCUUCCCCCUCAUGCUUCCCCCGCUCCCCCUGGUGCCCCUUCUCCUCCCCCUGGUGCUCCCCCGGUUCCCCCUCGUGCUUCCCCCGCUCCCCCUGGUACCCCCCCUCCCCCUUCCGCCCCCGCCCCCCUCGGUUUCCCCCUUGACGCAGCCACGGCUGCUACCGUGCAGCAUGCAGCGAUUACUGUAGCGGAUCAGAUCCCCAAAGAUUCGAUUCUGUGGGCGGCUGUGGCAGAGCAGAAGGUUGGGAUUCUGGAGAGAGCACUAGAGGAGACAAAGGAGCGUGCUGUUGCCAUGAUGGAUCGAUUGAGAUUGAAUGCAGAGGCUAAGCACAAGGCGAUGGAGCGAGAGCUAGAGGAGGAGCGGAGCCAAGUGGGGGAACUGCAAUCACUCUCCCCUUCCCCUCGCUUUCGAUCCUCACCCUUCAUUCCCGUUCCUUCCCUCUGUCCCUCCAACAGCACAAGGCAAUGGAGCAAGAGUUGGGGAGGAGAGGAGGCGAGUGGAAGAGCUGCAGUCGCUCUCCGAUCCCACAUGCUCUCGCAUCUCACUCCUCUCACUUCCUCACUUUCCUCUCUAACCUCUCUCCCUCCCCACCAGCACAAGGCAAUGGAGAGAGAGCUGGAGGAGGAGAGGCGGCGAGUGGAGGAACUGCAGUCACUCUCCCCUUCCCCUCGCUUUCUAACCUCACCCCUCACUCCCGCUGCAGUAGCAGCACUAGGAGCACCAGGAGCACCAGGAGCAGCAGCAGCAGCAGCAGCAGCAGCAGCAGCAGCAGCAGCAGCAGCAGCAGCAGCACCGUCUGGGGGUCUGUUGCACACGCCUCCUCUGCGCUCGCUAAGCUCUGGCCUCCUGGGAAUCAGUCUAGGGCUCACUAGCCCUACUCUUGGUGCCAGGGGAAGGGGGGUGGCAGGCGAGGGGUUGAGAGGACAAGGAGCAGGAGUAGCAGGAGGGGCAGGAGGGGUGGCAGGAACAGGAGGAGGGGGUGCUGCUGCUGCUGCUGCUGCUGCUGCUGGUGAAACGCCCCCUGUUACCCCCCUACUGGGUCCGUCGGGUGGGAGGGACGGGAUGGGAGGUUCAGGCUUGGGAGGAGGGCUAGGUUUGGGAGCGGCAGGGCUGGGAAGUGGGUUAGGUUUGGGCACAGCAGGGUUGGGAGGAGGAGGCGGGGGAGGAGGAGUGAGGGCAAUCUCACUUUCCCCUGCUGUGGGAUUCGGCCUCCACCACCUCUUGUCUCCCCGUCGAGCACCUGAUUCUCCUGCCGGUGCUGCCGGUGCUGCCGGUGGUGCUGCCGGUGGUGCUGCCGGUGCGGCCGGUGCUGCUGGUGCUGCCAGUGGUGCUGCCGGUGGUCCGGGAGCAGGAGGAGGAAGGUUCCAGGCAGCAGGAGAGGAAGGGGGGGUGGUGGAGGUAGCAGCAGAGGCAGCGCUUUCAGGGGCGAGGGAAAGCCGGGCAGACAAUUGGCAGGCUGGUGGUGAUGGCAGUCCUCACCUGCAGACGCAGCAACUGCUUGGGAUUCACAAUUUCCCGGUGGUGCAGGGGCAGCAGCAGCUGAGUAGCAGCAGCUUUCGGGUUCCGGGCCAGCAGGUCGCAAGGAUUUUCUUGGAAGGUUCUCAGGCGGAUCAGUUGGCGGCCCCGGUUUCAGCAAGGGACGCUGGUGGGAGCGAGCGAGAGUGGCUGCAAGAAGGGGAGGAGCGGGUGGAGGAGGGUGGGAAGGAGGGGGCUGGUGCGUUGAGAAGGGAUGGGGCAUCAAAGCAGGCUGGAUUUGGUGCUUUUGCUGCUGCUGCUGGUGCUCCUGGUGCUGCUGGCAGUGCUGCUGCUGCUGGUGCAUCUGCUGGUGGUGGGGGGAUUGGGGGUGGCGGGUUUGGUGCUGCUCUUUCCCUAGGCCUAGGGCCACCAGAGGUUAGGAGACCAGGAGAGACAGCUGAUGACCCUAGACCAGCUGACUCUGCUACACCAGCCUCAGUUGAGCCUUCGGCUGUAGCAGCACCAGCUGUAGCAGGAGCAGGCUUGGGGAGGACAAGCAUAGGAGCAGGCACACCUGGGAAGGUGAAGCCCGGAGGAGGUGUAUCUGCGAAGGUGAAGGUAGGUAAGGCUGGGGGGGAAGGGAGGGAGGGAAAGGAGGGAGAGGAGCAAGAGGCAGCUUCCAAGAAAGUGGUGAAAACGGUUAAGGGAGAAAAGAAGGGAAAGGGAGAGAAGGGGAAGGGAGAGGCGGGUCUGAAGGGAGGGAAGAAGGGGGUUGGGGCGGAGGAGGCUAGGGGCAAGGGUAAUGCUUCUGGUGCCGGUACUGGCGCUGCUCCUGCAGAAGCAGCAGGAGGAGGAGGAGCAGGAGUAGCAGCAGCAGCAGCAGCAGGAGGAAGAGGAGGAGGAGGAGGAGGAGGAGGAGGAGGAGGAGGAGGAGGAGGAGGAGGAGGAGGAGGAGGAGGAGGAGGAGGAGGAGGAGGAGGAGGAGGAGGAGGAGGAGGGAUAGCAGCAGAAGAAGCAGCAGCAGCAGGAGCAGCAGUAGGAAGAGGAGCAGUACGAGCAGCAGCAGGUGAUGUGGCAGGCAGUGCAGAGGAUUCAGAGCAUACAGAGACAGCAAACGAAGGGGGUGAGGGCGAGAAGGAGGAGCAAGGGGAGGAGGCGGUUAGUGGGUGGGUUGCAGGCGCUGACAUGGGCAAGGAGGCGACCAAGAGAAAGGCAGCAGGGACGGAUGAUGUAGGAGUUAAGAGGAAAAAGGCAAAGGUUGCAGCAGAUGCUGUGGGGUUGGAGGUGGUUGGAGGUGGGGAGGGUUUGGAGGGGGUAGAGUGGGCAGAAGGGGGAGUUGGGAGUGGAAGAGAGGGGGGUGAGUUGGGCAAGCAGGAGGAAGAGAAAAGAAGGAAGCUGGGAAAAGAGAAGAGAGUGAAAACGACGGGUGUGAAACGAGGGAGUAAGAGAGUGCUUCCAGAAUCGGAAGAGGCUUCGGGCAGACCGAAAAAGAAAGAGCCGAAGGCAAAAAUGGCUGGAGGGGCAGGAAAAGGGGCAGAGGCUUCAGAAGCAGUGGAGGAGAAUGGGGAAGGUUUUGCUGCUGGUACUGAAGCAGCAAAUAAAGAGGAUGAGAAUGUUACCACCCCAGUUGCUGAUUUGAGCGGCCCUGCAGGAGGGGCGUCGAGUCUGGACCUGCUUAUAAUGGGUGUGGACGCAGUAAGUCGACUGGAAAUGGCGGAAAAGGAGGAGAAGAAACGAUUAGAGUCUGCUAAUGAAGAAGCAGGAUCCGCCAAUGAGACGGCUGUGCUUACUGGUGGCCGGGAAGGGCAUGCUGGGCGGGAGGAAGGUGUGGAGACAGAGGCAGAGGAGGGAGAGAAGGAGGUGGAAGAGGGGGGUCGGGAGUCGAGUGGAUUGUUGCGGGUGGUGAAGAGAGCAGAUAAGGUGAAGAGGAAGAGGGUUGAUUCGGUAGAGAGGGUGAUGGAGCGGGCCUCAGCUAGUGAUGAGGCAGCAGGGGCAGGGGCAGCGGCAGGGGCAGGGACUGUGGUGUCUCCUAGUGGAAGGGGCCGGGGCGGGAAGGAAGGGAAGGGAGGGAAGGAAAGGACGGGAGAGAAGGAAGGGAAGGGAGAGAAGCGAGAGAAAGGACAGAAGGGAGAGAAGAGGGAGAAGGGAGAGAAGGGAGAGAAGGGAGAGAUGGGAGAGAAAGGAGAGAAGAAAAACGGAGGAGCUCUAGCCAGGGGUAAAGGGACCAAGGGAGCGGAGGGUGCUGUCAGGGCAGAUACGGAAGUGACCCCUUCUGAGGUGCGGCCAAGUAAGGUGUUAAAACGGGCGGGUGUGAAUCAAGGAGAGCCUUCAAACGAACCUGAGGCUCGAAAGCAGCACAUGAGAGUGCUUCUUGGCAGAGUGGGGGCGAAAGGGGACCAGAAGAAGCAGGUAAAGCAGCCAGUAAAGAAGGGAGUAAAGGAGGAAGGUGUGUUUGGGGCAAUGCGAAAGUCCUCUAGUAGCCCCGAGAUUGACUCUGCGGUCAAUCGUGCUUUUAAGAAAACAGCUGCGGCUCCUGCUGCUGCUGAAAGAGGGUCUGGCAGAGCCGAUGGGGGCAAUUUUGGUAAAGGAGGGGGGACUGCAGGUGGGGUGCUGAAACGAGCUCUGGCUUUGGUGCGAGAACGGGAUGGGGUAGAAGAGGAGAUCAGUGGGAAACAGGUACGGAAGCAGCAGCAGGAGGAGGAGGGGGCAGAGGAGGAAGAGGAGGAUGAGGAGGAGGAGCAGGAACAGCUGCGGCAGCAGCAGAAGCAGCAAGGGGAGAGUGAGGAAGAAGAGGAGCAAGAGGAGGAGCAAGAGGAGGAGCACUCAGGAAUCAAGGGAAGUGGGGAGGAGAGAGCAGACGCUGAUGAUGAUGAUGAUUUAGAGCUGAGGGAGCUGGGCAGAGGGGCCGUGGGGGUGGGGCCGGGGGAAGGGGGGGUAAGUAUACCCUGGGAGGGGCUUUCCUCGUGGGGUGAUAGGGGGAGGCAGUGGAGUGGCGAGGUAGUGGACAGAGCAUCUGGGGGGGCUGCUGCUGCUGGUGCUGCUAGUGGUGGUGCAAGUGGUGGUGCUAGUGGUGGUGUCAGUGUUGGUGGUGGGGGGAUGGUUGCAGCGAGAGGAGCAGGACGAAGGAAGUCCAAACCAAGUUCAUCAAAUACUGCAACUGCUGCUGCCGGUGGUGGUGCUGCUGGUGCUGCUGGUGCUGGUGGUGCUGGUGGUGGGAAGGAGGGAGCUCAAGAGGCGACAAGGCCCACUCGGCACAGCAAGAGACUGGGAGUUCGACAGCUUCUCCCCGCCAUGGAAGGCCAGCAGGCUGACGAGGACACGCCUCAGGCUGGCUCAGAUGAGCCACCGUUACCGCCGAAAGCCACGGAGCCACGCUCGGGGAUUGAUUUUCUUAGAGAGGAAGAUGUGUUCCCGAUCCGCGCGGACACCGGCUCGCCCGCCCUCACCAAGGCGCAGCUGCGAGAGCAGAUGUUCCUGGAGGCCAGCAUCAUGUACGAUACGAGGUGGUCGGGACAGUUCUCCUGGCUUGUGUUGGGAAAAACCAAGGAUGGGUUUCCCUAUGUGAAGUGCAGUGUCUGCAUGGCCUACGGGAAGGAGAACACGAGGUACGCGAGGCAGGGUGAUGACGGAGGCCGUGACAUGCAGACGCAGGCGUUUCGCGUACACGAGCACACGGACGCGCACAAAGCGGCUGUUGACCGGCAGCUGAAGAUUGCGAGAGGCAUCCGCGAGGGGCAGCAAGUGAUUUCGAACUUCAUCAACUCGGACGUCGAGGGCAGGCGCGCCGUCCGACUGUUGCGGGAGGCGCUGGCUGUUAAGGACGCGGCGACGUCCAACCCCGACCUCCGCAUGGUGGACAAGGUGGUGCGCACCGUGGCGGAAAAACUAAGAGAUUCUUCAGUCUGGAGCCAACGGUUCAAGUACCUGCAGCGUGUGAUCUACAACACUAACCUCGAAGUCCAGGGGAUCCACACGGUUCGCUGGCUCUCACGUGGAGAUGCGGUGCGACGGCUGUGCAAGGUGCUCGGUGCGUGUAUCGUUCUUCUGUGGGAGCGGAGUCACAAGGUGUACGAGAUCGUCACGUGCUACAAGUUCCAGUUUUGCCUGUUCUUCCUCGCCGACAUGAACGACCUCAACCGCUGUUUCCAGAAGCGAGAUAUUGAUGUGACGGAGAUUGCGAAGACCAUCGAGGCCACCACGGCGGAUCUGACUGAGCGGUAUUUGGAUACCGACAAGCAGUUCGGUGGCGAGGGCAAGUGCUGGCUGGUCGGCUUUCUGAAGCUGCACGGGCAUGGUGGAGGCAAGAAGGUCCGUGUGAGAGGCGUGGACGGGGAGGGACGCCCAGUGAACCAUCUGUACACCAUGCACGAGCGGAAGCUCCCGGGGCACAAGGUGGGGAGCGGAUACGAGGAGUGCGUGAAGUUGUGCCGCAGUUUCGCCCGCGAUUGCGUGGACAAUCUCAACGAGCGGCUUGAUGACCUGGGGAAGCUGGGGCUGACGAAGCUGUUUCGGGCCGAAAAGUGGCCGAAGAUCAAGGCACAACGGGAGAAGAAGUGCCGUGAGUGGCUUCUGGGAUGCAGCAAACUCUUCCGCCACAAGCUGCCGGGAUUCGACCUCAAGGCCGCAGAGAGGGAGCUUCCCACAUUCUGUGCGAUCAUGGAGGCGCAUCACGAGCUGGAAAGCUUCACGUAG